AUUACGGCGUAGCUUACUUCGUUUAGAUUUGGGCUAUGACAUCCUCACCUCUGGAGCGGUAGCCAUUAAUAGACCUCAAUUAAUUGUUAAAGGUUCUGAACACGAAUACUGCACCUCAAUUUUAUAUGACACUACGACGAGAAAUAUCAUUGCCAGAGGCAACAUGGCUGAUGAAGCGAAUGAGAAUCUGGAAGGCCUCCAAGAAGGCGUUAUUUAUGUACGCAACACCUUAAGCGAUCUUGCUGGCAUUUAUUUAAAAUCAAAUCAACAAUCCUUCGUCACUACGGCACUGUACGCGCUCUUGUACGAGGAAGCUAUAGACCUGUUACAAAAAAUACUGGAUCGUUAUAAACAAAAAUUGAAUAGCGUAAAUAUGGAUUUUUAUUAUUCUUUGAAUCUUCCAACCAGUUGGGAUUAUAAAAUAAGAGAAGAUUUGUUCCUGCCUCUAUUCGUAAAAGCUGGUCUUCUCCAUGAAAAUGAUGGUCCGGGGAGGCUGCUGUUUUUUUCGAUGUUAGAGUUAAAUUUUCAAAACUUGCAGAUGAAAAGAGGAAUUCGGGACGCCACAAACUUAAAGUAUGGUGAUCAGCGCGUUAUGUGUACAAUAGAUUAUCAAGGUACAUACUCCGUGGAUUUGAAAUUGGUAUCAGCUCAAUAUCCUGCUUUCAGAUUAGCACAAAGAAAAUUGAUGCCACAAUUGUUGAAACAAACUCACUUUGUAAUCCCGUUUGGACCAAAUGAACUACGAUUGUCAUUAAUAGCAUGUGUAGAAAAACAUUGUGAUACUACGUUAUCAUCAGAAUCUAUCGACAACAUGCUUGAUAGACUCAGUCGAAUGUACGAUAGAAUUGAUUAUUUUAGAACAACAAGUGGUGUCUUAAAUAAUCAGCCAUUGCCAGACUUAAAAUCUCGCAGGACGAAUAGAUCAAUCACUUUAGGAGACAUACUUGAAUAUUUUUCAAGUUAUGCAGAAAAAUUCUUUAGAAAUGAAGUAGAUAAGCUUCUUAUAGGCAGGAGCAAUAUAGUACCCAGGCCAUUGGACAUUUUUUACACAAGGCGAAUCCCGAGAACAUUUUUAACCCUGGGGAUAAUCUCAUCAGUUAAUUGUUGGUCGAAAAAGUAUUUCAGGGAACUUAAAGAAUUUUACAUAUCCGCGGAACUCGGUGGUGAUUUCCCCAUAUUCGAACUCUUUUACUAUCGUUUCCGAAAAUAUGCAACUCAAGUGCUUUUAGAAAACCGAAUGGAAGAAUUUAACGUGCGCAGAAACCCAAUUAUACUACCCAACGAAACAACAAUGGAAGAACCCAAAAGUUGCUUAAAUCCUAUUAUCUUCAUCAAUAUCGACAUAUCGUCUACACGAAUUCAGACUGCUUUUACAUACCUAGAUAAAGGUAGACAAGUUGGACAGAAUCAAAAUUUUGAAUGGUAAUCGUGAUAGGCGUCAAAAUAUCUUUACAAAAUAGUCCAAUUAAAUUAUAUUGUAUUGCAUAAUAGUAAUAUGCGACCGUUGAAUAGUUUCAUCGAGCAAUCAGAAAUAUAUCAAAGACCAGUACUACAAAUAUCAAAUAGACUAAAGUCAGGUUUAGAAAAGAUUUUUGGUGAUCACCUUAAAUUAUACUCA